AUGUCUUCAGCUGAAAACUCUUGGUCAGGCCCAGUGGAGGCACUUUUCAACACGAAGUAUUCGGAUUUCACGAUAAUGUGCCAAGGCGUUGAAUUCAAAGUACUUCGUGGAGUUGUGGGCGUGGUUCCAUACUUUGAUGCUCUGUGUAGCGGAGGGUUCAUGGUGAGCAAUCCCCAUAUCACCAACUCAGCGUUUGCUAACAUAGAGCAGGAAGCGACCAACAGAGUCUCAGACCUAUCAGACUAUCACCCUGCCAUUGUCAGCCGUGUCAUUUACUUCAUUUACACGGGCGUAUACUCUGACCUGAGAAUCCCACACGUCUUCCGAGACCAUUGUGCAGAAUACACGUCUCUGAUUGUCGCAACAACACCCGAAUUCAAUGAAUUGGUGGUCGGUGGGGCCUCCGAGUCUGAAGACUACUCUCCGAACGCAGCGUUCCAUCAAACGAUCCUCGAGAUCAAUCUGCAGGAUUUCAAACUGGCCGACAUGCUCGACAUUCCAACUCUCAGACAAAAGGCAUCCUACAACAUUUCAGACAGCUAUGCUCUUGCGUGUGACUCGCCUGGACUCGCAUGGGCAUUGGACAUUCUCUUCGACAUCACGCGCCAAGAUGAUGAUCUUAGAAUUCGAGUCUUCACUUACUUCGCCAGAAAACAUAUGAUAUCCUGCGACGCUCAGGAAGCAGUCAUUGCGUUGUUUAGCGAAGGCGAUCCGAAGUUAUGGAAGAUCUGCUGUGGUACAGUCGAUGUGUAUAGGAAAUUGGAAGAGGCAUUCUGUACCAGUCAAAUGGAGAACGUGGUCGCGAAGCUCAAUGACGUUGGCCUGCUUUGCAAGCAUGGAAGAAAGAUCUUGUUCCGGGUGCCAAGGAUUGAAGAGGAUCAGACUUGGGACGAAGCAUGGGAAGAAAACGAUGGCAUCGCGCUGGAGAGCGACUGUGGUCAGUGCAACCUGAACGGGGACUUGGAUUGA